CCACUUCUUCCAAUACAACCCUUCACAUUUCUAGGCAAUCCUAAUCGUUUCUCUUGUACAAAUUCGCACCCUUUCUUGGGCUAAUGAAAAGUCAUACUUGUCUUGUUGGAGAAGUGUGAGAAUGCUCUAGAACCAUCUCCCAACCCUGGCCUAUAUAUACCCUAGGCCAGCUUCCAAGCAAUUCAUUCCCUCAUAUCCCACCAAAUAUUCCCAAACAAAGAGCGAGUGAUAUCUAGUUUUGCUCAACUUUCCUCUUAUCUUGUUCAAGUGUUGUCUUACCCAAAUUAUUUUCUAUAUUGAUGUAUUGUUUCUAUCAAUAAGAAUACAUUUUUCCUCUAGUUUGAUCUUUCUUCUAUCUUCCGGUUGUGAGUCCAUGGGCUAGUGUAAUUUUGUUACCCUACUUGAGAAUUGGUUGUUUCUAUAUAUUGGAAACCAUAUUUCUCUUCACCUACCACACACAGCCACCACCAUUCUCCCAUAGCAUCUCUGCUCCUGUUAAGCUCUAAAGUCAGCAUCUCCUUGUUCCAGUCAUAUCAAAUUAAUUCCUAUGGAAAGUGGCACGAAACGGACGGCACGUGGGAGUGGGAAAAAGAAGAGCAUUCUAUCGCUGGGACCGUGGGGAGGAAAUGGUGGGGCCAGCUGGGACGAUGGGAUCUACGAUGGAGUGAGAGAAAUCACUCUUUUUUAUGGCCUUUGCAUCGAUUCCAUUCGUGUGGUCUAUGAUAAGAACGGUACGCCCGUCUUUGCAGAAAAGCAUGGAGGCGGAGGAGGUUAUAAAACGGUUGAGAUAAAGCUGCAAUGCCCAGAGGAGUUUCUAGUGAGUGUGAGCGGGCACUACUCUGUGUUUAAUGGGGGCCAAGUGAUCCGAUCACUGUCGUUCAAAAGCAACAAAAGAAACUUUGGGCCAUUUGGAGUGGAAGAAGGGACGCCAUUUACUUUCUCCAUGGACGGAGGAAGUAUCGUGGGUUUCAAUGGCAGGAGCGGUUGGUACAUAGAUUCCAUAGGGUUCCGGGUGUCACAUGUCCAACCUGGAAAGCUCUUCCAAAGGAUUCAGAAGGGCCUUCAAAGGCUCACCAAUACUGUUUCAAGGCCUUAUGCCCCCAGAGAUAAUGAAAUCUAAGCUCAUCACCACACUCCAUUGCAUUCCCAUCCACUUUUGGUGCUUAAAAUAAUCUGUAUUACACUUGUUGAAGCUCUUACAUGACAAUUUAACAAGUGGGAAAUGCUUUUAGUGUUAACUCGGUCAACUCCAACUAAAUUUAUAAAGCUAUACCUAUGGAAAUGUCAGAGUCUGGGUUGAAAGUCCGUCUGUUUGUGGGGGCCAUGGGCCAUCUUAUACUUAAUAGUUAUUUUCAUUACUCGUGGAGAUCUUGUUGUAUUAAUUGGAUUUUAGUGGUAGUGGGUUAUUGGGCUUGACCCUUAGAGAAAUGUACUUUUCAGUGUAGGCCCAUAUGGGGUCAACCUUGUUGAAGUUUCCAGACUAUAUGCAAGGAGCUAGGGUUUUACUGAACUUAAUCUAGAGUGAUAUAAAAUUUUGUGUGUUUCUUUCUCA